AAUCACUUCUUUUUUCUUUGCAACUCUCCCUCGCCCUUCAUGCUUCACCAUUUGUGAAAUUCCUUGCUUGAUUCGUUCAUGGAAACCAUUCUGUCUCCUCGUUCUCUUGCACCUCUCUUCAGCUCCAAAAAUUCUUGUCCAAAGACCCUGUCAUCGUCCGCUAUCCAACCCAGAUCAAGUUCUCUUUUUCUCUCCAAAACCGUUAGUUCUAGUCUCAAAAGAUACCAACCUCAUCCUUUUAAUGCAUCUUUACCAAUACCCAAAAGCUGGUUUUCUUAUGCGCAACAGGGACUAGCAGCUCUAGCGCUCACUCUAGCUCUCAACUUUAGUCCACUCUUGCCUAGUGGCAAUGCAUUAGCUUCUGAAUUUGAUGUACUUAACGAAGGGCCACCUAACGAAUCAUACGUAGUUGACGAUGCAGGCGUGCUUAGUCGGGUGACAAAAUCAGAUUUGAAGAGGUUGUUGUCGGACUUGGAGUCAAGGAAGAACUUCCACGUUAAUUUCAUCACUGUUCGAAAGCUCACCAGUAAAGCUGAUGCUUUUGAGUAUGCUGACCAAGUUUUGGAGCGUUGGUAUCCCUCAAUAGAAGAGGGCAGUAAUAAGGGCAUUGUUGUGCUUGUUACCAGUCAAAAAGAAGGGGCAGUCACAGGGGGCCCUGCGUUUGUCCAGGCUGUUGGAGAGAAUAUCCUUGAUGCUACUGUAACAGAAAAUCUUCCUGUCCUAGCUACUGAAGAAAAGUACAAUGAAGCUGUUUAUAGCAGUGCCAAGAGACUAGUUGCUGCCAUUGAUGGGCUUCCAGAUCCUGGCGGCCCCAAAUUUAAAGAGAAUAAACGAGAAUCAAACUACAAAAGCAGGGAAGAGACAGAUGAGAAGAGGGGACAAUUCUCUCUGGUAGUUGGAGGUUUGUUAGUAAUUGCCUUUGUUGUUCCUAUGGCACAAUACUAUGCUUAUGUCUCCAGGAAGUGAUAUUGCUAACAUUAGAUUUGUCUUCCGAAUUAUCUCCCUCAUAAUUACGAGAUGAUGUAUAACGUGUUGUUGUUGAAAUCAUCAUGCUACAAUUGUUGAUCAUAAACUCUUUUCUUUUCUUUUCUUUUUCCAAA